UAGUGUUCGUGUAGCAGGCGACUUACAAUCAGCUGACUGUGUAAACAAAUGCUAGUUUUCGCUUUUAGUAUUUACAAAGAAACUAGAAAAUUUUAGAAACUCUUUUCUGGAAGAUUUAUCUGAAGUCAGAAUCGUAUAUUUGAAAUAACGCAUAUUCAAUAAAACCAAUGUAGUUUGAAAUAUUUUGGUUUGAUUACCUUGGUCGGAUCUUUAAUAAGGGGGCGUAAGAUGUGCUCUACUCUGAGCAAACCAGAGUCGCGCUUGGCGGUAGUUACAUUUUUUGCAAGAACACAUCCCGGGGAUGUAUGCGGCACCAACGGAUUACCACUUACACCAAACUCCAUUGCAAUAUUAGGGCGAGCUCAACGUUUAAAGGAGUUGAGAAAUCCUCAUUUGUGCCAAUACUUAGAUUUCGUACGUGGUAAGCACGAACGCACAAUUGUAGUUUCGGAAUACUUUGGCACGACAUUAAAGGAAAAAUCUCGAGGUUCCCUAACCGAUACGUUGGUAUCCCGUAUAUUUUAUCAGAUUGUUUCCGCGCUUAGAGAACUUACACUGCAUAAUUUAGUCAUACAUAACUUGGAACCAAAAAAUAUACUGCUUGAUGAGCGCGAUAAUGUAAAACUGUUCAAUUACGGGUUAUACCAUAUGACCAAAUGUGGAGACUAUGUUCCUUUUCCUAUUGGCAAUGUACGGUACAUGUCACCAGAACGCCUACUGGGUUCCAAGAACAAUAUAAAAAGCGACAUUUGGUCUUUGGGUAUAAUAUUGGCCGAACUUUUGCUGCAAACCUCGUUUUGGCCGAAUAUGAAAAUAUCGAAUAUUACACGAAAAAUACUUUCAUUCUCCCAAGAAAAUAACGUGUUUGAAAAGAUUGCUCGUGAACACAAUGUUCUAGAAAGAUAUGAGCAAAUACAAGUCGAACUACGCUCCCUGGUCGAAAGUUGCCUGUGUGUACCACCAACAAAACGCCCACUGCCUAAUACUCUCUUUUUACAUGAGUUUUUUUCCAAGAAUAUUAAAGCUUACGCAUAUAUUGCACCUUCGAAAUCCCCCAUUUUCUUGCUUCGAUGUCCGCUUGAACAGAUAUAUUAUUGGUGGCAAUUAGCUGGAGGUGACGUACAAUCUGAAUUGAAGAAGGAAGGCCUGAUUCGUAGCGAGGCGCCAAUAUUGGCAAUACCGCAGUUAGUGUGCCUGAAUGGCAUAACGAUAGGACCCAAACGAAGCCAAUCUUAUCUUAUGGAUGAUCGUGUGGUGCCACUAAAAUUGAACAAUCUCUUUGACAAACUUUGCAACCUGCCGGCGAUGGCAUAUUUUCCACUGAUACAUUCACCAAAAUUCGCAUACAAUUUUGGUGCCGACAUGGAGCAAUUACCUUUGGUAAUACGAGAAAAAGAUAUUGAAUAUCAAUUUUAUCGUGUUCGACUUUUUUCACGAUUGUUAAAGGGUUAUCCUCACACAAGCGAAAUGAUACGCAAAGAAGCUGCUGCAGAUAUACCUCCUCACUUGCGCGGCCAAAUUUGGGCUUGCUUGCUUGAUGUAAUACCAAAUGGCAGUUAUGGAAAAAUCGACAAAUUUACAUCAACUUCGACUGAUCGUCAAAUUGAAGUUGACAUACCACGCUGUCAUCAAUAUGACGAAUUAUUAUCUUCGCCUGAGGGUCAUUGUAAGCUAAAGCGACUUUUAAAAGCGUGGGUAACUGCUCAUCCGCAUUACGUGUAUUGGCAAGGUUUAGAUUCACUGACGGCACCGUUUUUAUAUCUGAACUUCAAUAAUGAAGAACUGGCCUUCCUGAGCCUCUACAAAUUCAUACCAAAAUAUUUACAGUGGUUUUUCCUUAAAGACAAUUCAGCGAUUAUCAAGGAGUAUCUAAGCAAAUUUUCACAACUCACCGCAUUCCAUGAACCUCUUUUGGCCACACAUUUAGCAAGCAUAAAUUUUAUACCAGAACUAUUUGCAAUCCCUUGGUUUCUCACUAUGUUUUCGCACGUUUUCCCCCUACACAAGAUAUUGCAUCUGUGGGACAAGCUUAUGCUGGGCGAUAGUUCGUAUCCUCUCUUUAUCGGCAUCGCUAUAUUGAAACAGUUAAAAAAUACUCUUCUCAGUUCUGGAUUCAACGAAUGCAUUUUACUUUUUUCCGAUUUGCCCGACGUAGUUAUGGAGAAUUGCGUUCUAGAGUCGCAAAAAAUGUAUGAGUGUACACCAAAAAGUGUUUCCCAUCGCUUUCAUGUAUUAAGAGAAGAACCUCUCACUGAAUUCGAUAUUACACCUGACGUAACCUUAAAGCAUUUACAAGCUGAGAUGUGCCCGCGUAUAAGCGCAAAUGAUUUUACUCAUCUUUUACAUCAUGCACCCACAUAUAUGCUUGCUCUGGAUUUGCGUAGCGCUGUUGAGUUCGCACAUGUACACGUGCCUCACAGCAUAAAUGUACCCUUUUUGGGAUUACAACUAUCGGAGCCAUGCCUGGAAGUUCUAGGCGUACAACAAUCGGAGGAAAUGUUACAGGGUCGUAUUGUGAUAUGUAUUAGCAACAAACACGAAAAUGCCGUUCAACUUUCGAAGUUUUUGGUGGAAUGUGGGAUACCACGCGUUUGCAUUUUGCAUAAAGGAUUCAAUGUUCUACACACUAUAGAGCCAAAUAUACUAAUUUCGAAUUAAUCCCCCAAAAAAAUCUUGAUACUUAUUUAUAGGUCGUACCUGACAAGUAGAUACACAAAAGUAAAUCAUUAUGGUUUGUAUAGCACAAACGAUUCUAAAUAUAUUUCUAUGGACAUAAGUAAUGACCGCCUAAGUCGAAAAACCUGAAUGUGAGGAACAACAUUUU